AUUUAAUACAGAAGUUCUGGCAGUGUGAAAUUAAGUUGCAGAAAGCCUGGGCACUGGAAAACUUCAGCAGAUACCAGGGAGAAAAGUUUAAUUGGAAGAAAUGGACACCAAAGGAUUACUUGGAGAAGAUAAAUUGAAGAUGGUUAUUAUUUUACUAGCAUAUUCAUUAAGUAGGGUAAUUGGUGAGACUGGAGACUGCAGAGAGCAAGAAUUUAAGGACCAUGCUGGGAAUUGUGUCCUCUGCAAACAGUGUGGACCUGGAAUGGAACUGUCAAAGGAAUGCGGCUUCGGAUAUGGGGAGGAUGCACAGUGCAUGACAUGCAGGUCAAACAGAUUCAAAGAAGACUGGGGCUUUCAGAAGUGCAAACCCUGUCUGGAUUGUGCCCUCGUCAACCGCUUUCAGAAGGCCAACUGUUCUGCCACGAGCAAUGCCCUGUGUGGAGACUGUUUACCAGGAUUUUAUAGGAAAACAAAGCUUGGAGGCUUCCAAGACAUGGAGUGUGUUCCUUGUGGUGAUCCGCCUCCUCCCUAUGAACCUCACUGUUCCACCAAAGUAAACCUUGUCAAGAUCCCAUCAACAGCUUCCAGUCCUCGGGACACUGCUCUAGCUGCAGUUAUUUGCAGUGCACUUGCCACAGUGCUCUUAGCUCUUCUUAUUCUUUGUGUUAUAUAUUGCAAGAGGCAGUUUAUGGAGAAGAAACCAAGCUGGUCUCUGAGAUCACAAGAUAUUCACUACAACGGCUCUGAACUGUCGUGCUUGGACAGACCACGGCUAAGCGAGUACGAGCCCCAGCCGUGCUGCCAGUGCCAGAGAGGCUCCUCUGCCACGUGUGGACCAGUUCACUUGAUUCCAUCAUUGUGCUGUGACGAGACCUGUAGCAUGGAACACAGCAGUCACAGUUGUGCUUUCCACUCACAGACUACCCUUAAUGAAAGGGCUUCUGAUUCUGUUGGAGAAAUGAUUCCUGCCUUCCUUGGUUCUCUUUCACACUCUACGUGUGGAGACAUUUCAGAUGCUUGGCCUCUCAUGCAAAACUCAGCUUGCUGUGACAGCAUCUCUUUCUGUGAAUCAUACUCAGAACUGGCUGGAGGAGCUCCAUAUUCCUGCAGUCCUGAAGAGACUGAAAAUGCAGGCACUGUUGAGUCAGAUAAUGAACAAGAACCAAGCGAUGUACUUAUUUCAGCUAAAUCUCAUGAUGGAAACAUUGUAAAGUCCUUUGAAAUCUCCAAACACAGAACAUAUGUAGAGUUUUCAUCUCUUCAGAAUUCAGUGGCUGCUGAAAAGUCACCAAAGUCAAAACACAAUGGAGCAACAAAUAACUCCACAGACUAAUGAAGAGGAAGACAAGCCAUUUGUGUCACCACUAAAACCGAAUGCUUCCCUAGCGCUCCUGUGCCAUUUCUCAUCAGACAUGCUGUGCUCCUCAGUGUAGCUCCAAAGCCAGAUGGAAAUAAUCGGCAGCAUUGCACCCCUUCCACACAAGCACUUGUGUCUGAGCCAUACCAGCUGGAAGGUGAAGCUCCAAGGAGCAUCCUGAGAGAAUCCCGAGGAGGGAUCCAUGGUCUUUUCCAUCUUUUUGAAAGAAAAAGCUUCUAUUCCUUCUGAUUCUCAGAAAGCCUCGUGGAAUGAGCUUAUAUAAGUACAUGUAAAUACAACAAGAAGUGAAAAAAAAUCUGAAUAUGUUUGGAUGGGUGGCUUAAAUGUGGCUACAGAUGCCCAAAGGCAUGGGACAAGACUGCCAGUUGUUUGGCUUGCAAAUCUAUGCAUACAUUAGGACUUUUUGGGGCUGGUUCUAAUUCUAACUCAAGUUUCCUGCUAUUGAAGGAGUGGAAAAUGAAACAUUUCUACUUAUGCAAGGAUCAUCUGUUGAGAAACUGAAGCUUCUGUUAUGUAUUGCAUUAUAGUCAAUAAGCUAGUUUGGGGAGUUAAACCAUUUGCAUGUUACAAUAUGUAUGGUUGAAGUCCCCUCCGGCCAAUUAUUAACCUUGUGGGAGGGGACAUUGUUUUAUUUAAUAUAGCAGGAGAUUAGCUCCAAAUUAGAUUUAGUUUACUGAUAUUUUUCUUGUUUAAUUGGUAGGCUCAGUAUUGGAAUACAGCUCUUGUUGUUAUAGUAUGUAUUCUUUGGCAGUUGAAAUAAUAUCAUGUCACACCAAAGUGUCAAACUAUAGCAGGUGUGCCAUGAAAGUAUACAUAAAAUGAAAGCUGUUACUAAUUUUUAUAGUAAUGGAUUGUUUUCAAGGGUCAAGGUUCGUGUUGGCCUAAUCCUUUCGUUUAACAGGCCUUUUUUCAUUCAUUUUGAUCUCUCCUUCUCACUAUAGUAUUUUCCAUAAAUCUACUUUUUCCACACAAAAUAUAAAAAUAAUUGUGUAACUUUUUUGAAAAUACCGCUGAAUUGAAUCCUCAACUUAGGGAAAUACCUAGAAAAUUAUUAGUUUUCUGCCUUAAUUGUUGUUCACAUGUUUUAUUUGCAGUUUGUCACGCUAUAUUCUGCAUAGUCAUUUGUUCUGCAGGUAUUUUUUUAACUCAAAUAGUGUUCACUUCUGUGAGUAAAUCUGUAGCCUCCACUGAAAGUUGCAUUCGAGAGGCUCAAGUCUGUCAGUGAACUCUGUCAAAUAUUCUAUAAAGUUCCCAACGUGCCUUGGUAAAAGCAAAGCAAUGGGCAGAACAAAUGCAAGUUUACAGUAAGUACUACACAUCUUCCCAACCGUGGGUUGCACAGCAGCAGAAUUGAUAAGAUGUGCAAAUCUUAUCACAAAUUCGUGAUUCGUAUGUGCAAAAAUCAUGAAUAGCAAUUGUCAAAUCUGAAUCAAAUAAUGUUAUAUAAAUGUGGUAAAGACCAUCUUUUGAGUACCAGUGUAGUAGAGAGUAUGGGCAGCUCUACAAUUACUCAACUACAUACCUUAAAGGAUAUAUAUAUAUAUGAAUCAAAUUAGUUUUGAAUAGUUUUUGUGAAUGCUUUCUUACAUUUAAGAAAUGACAAAAUACUAUUUUUCACUACAUUUGCAUGAAGAGAUGUGUGCUUUGACA